AAGGCACUUUACUUCCGGCAGGAGCGGGCGGUGAGGUAGACGGCAGCUACUACCCACUGUGUCGGUCCGUUUAAGUCAGGCAUGAAGAUCACGAGGCAGAAACAUGCCAAGAAGCAUCUCGGGUUCUUCCGCAAUAAUUUCGGAGUUCGCGAGCCGUACCAGAUCCUGCUGGACGGUACCUUCUGUCAGGCGGCGCUGCGCGGCCGUAUCCAGCUGCGGGAGCAGUUGCCCCGCUACCUCAUGGGGGAGACACAGCUGUGCACCACCAGGUGUGUGUUAAAAGAAUUAGAAACAUUGGGAAAAGACUUAUAUGGGGCAAAACUGAUUGCACAAAAAUGCCAAGUCCGAAAUUGUCCCCAUUUCAAGAACGCUGUGAGUGGAUCAGAAUGUCUACUGGCCAUGGUUGAAGAGGGAAAUCCUCAUCACUAUUUUGUGGCAACACAGGAUCAGAAUUUGUCUAUGAAAGUAAAGAAAAAGCCUGGAGUUCCUCUCAUGUUUAUUAUUCAAAACACUAUAGUCUUGGACAAACCUUCUCCCAAAACAGUUGCCUUUGUUAAAGCAGUAGAGUCAGGUCAGCUUGUCUCAGUGCAUGAGAAACAAAGUAUCAAGCAACUCAAAGAAGAACAAGGUUUAGUGAAAAACCAGGAACAGAGAAGAAGAAAAAAACGCAAGAAAAUAAGUGGCCCCAAUCCUCUGAGCUGUUUGAAGAAAAAAAAGAAAACACAGGACCCAGAAUCAUCUGCCUCUGAAAAGAAAAGAAAAAGAAAAAGAAUCCGGAACAGAUCUACCUCAAAAGUACUUUCUGAAAAGCAGAAUGAUAAUGAAUGAAUUCUUUGAGUACUUUUAAAGACAUUAAAAUGUGAAAAACAAAUUUCUUUUUAGAACUAUAGAAGUACUAAGUACUGUGAUUUUUAUAAAUAUUGACCCAUAAGCCUUUGCCUAAAAUUUGUUAAAGAAAGAAAGAAAGAAAAGGAAAGGAAACAAAAGAAAAACACAC